AUGCCGAGGUCUUUUCUUGUGGAUUCCUUGAUUUUAAGGGAGGCCAACGAUAAAGGGAACGAGAACCACGCGCCUUUAUUCCCCUACGCCUUGCACUCGCCGCACCACCACCCGCACGGGCUGCCGGGCUCCUGCCACUCCAGGAAGGCUGGGCUGCUGUGCUUCUGUCCUCUGUGCAUGGCCGCGACCCAGCUCCACCCGUCCCCGCCGACACUGCCGCUGCUCAAGGCGUCCUUUUCUCCCUUCACCUCGCAGUACUGCCACUCAGCUCUGUCGAGGCAACACACCUCAUCCAACCUCAGCCACGGACCCGGGAUAUACCAGGCUGCGUACUCGGUGCCGGACCCGAGACAGUUCCACUGCAUCUCCAUCGAAAACAGCAACAGCAAACUUCAGAGCAGUAAGCGCAUGCGCACGGCCUUCACCAGCACACAACUUUUGGAGCUGGAGCGAGAGUUCACCUCCAACAUGUACCUCUCCAGACUGAGGCGCAUUGAGAUCGCCACAUACCUGAACUUGUCCGAGAAACAGGUGAAAAUCUGGUUCCAGAACCGCAGGGUGAAGCACAAAAAGGAGGGCAAGAGCAGCGGCCAAAGGACUGGAUCACACAACUGCAAAUGCUCGUCCCUGUCCACCGCCAGAUGCUCGGAGGAAGAGGACGAUGACAUUCCCAUAUCCCCCUCCUCGUCCGAGAAGGAGGACGUGGACCUGUCCGUCUCCCCCUGA